AUGGCGUGUUUUCUGGCAGGGGAAAGAUCGAUGGAGAUGGCGUCUAAGGGACGUGUGGGCAUGGGAAGCGGAAAUGGGUCGCCGGGCGGACAGAAUGGGUUGGCUAAGAUUCAGACCCGGCCGGGAGAGACGAGCGGCGGGGUGUGCCACGACGACAGCUCGCCGCCGGUGAAGGUUCAGACCAUCGACGAGCUUCAUUCUCUUCAGAGGAAAAAGUCUGCGCCCACGACUCCCAUUAACGGGGCUCAAACUGCCUUUGCGCUGCCCGGCUCCGAGGAGGGACGCCACAAACAGCAGCUCCAAUCCAUCAGUGCCUCCUUGGCGUCGCUGACGAGAGAGACCGGGCCGAAGGUCGUGAGAGGAGACCCCGCCAGAACGGAAACCCCGAGGAUCUCGCACGACCACCACCGCCACGCCACGCCCGCCAUUAGCGUCAGUGAUAGUGCUUUGAAAUUCACCCACAUUCUUUACAACCUUUCUCCGGCUGAACUGUAUGAACAAGCAUUGAUGUAUGAGAAAGGGUCCUUCAUUACAUCCACCGGUGCAUUGGCAACGUUGUCUGGGGCUAAGACGGGGCGUUCACCAAAGGAUAAACGUGUUGUGCGCGAUGAGACCACAGAGAAUGAACUUUGGUGGGGCGAAGGAUCGCCAAACAUUGAGAUGGAUGAACAUACCUUCUUGGUGAACCGAGAAAGGGCUGUGGAUUAUUUGAACUCUUUGGAUAAGGUAUUUGUUAAUGAUCAAUUCUUGAAUUGGGAUCCAGAAAACCGAAUUAAAGUCAGAAUUGUGUCUGCUAGAGCCUACCAUUCCUUGUUCAUGCACAACAUGUGUAUACGACCCACACCCGAAGAUCUGGAGAAUUUUGGCACUCCUGACUUCACUAUUUACAACGCUGGACAGUUCCCGUGUAACCGUUACACACACUAUAUGACAUCCUCUACUAGCAUAGAUAUAAACCUUUCUAGAAGGGAAAUGGUGAUCCUUGGCACCCAAUACGCGGGGGAGAUGAAGAAAGGACUGUUUAGUGUAAUGCACUAUCUCAUGCCUAAACGUCGAAUCCUCUCCUUACAUUCUGGUUGCAAUAUGGGCAAAAAUGGAGAUGUUGCCCUCUUUUUUGGCUUGUCAGGCACUGGAAAGACUACUCUGUCCACUGACCAUAAUCGAUAUUUGAUUGGGGACGAUGAACACUGCUGGAGUGACAAAGGUGUGUCGAAUAUUGAAGGAGGUUGCUACGCCAAGUGUAUAGAUCUGUCUAGAGAGAAAGAGCCUGAUAUCUGGAAUGCCAUCAAGUUUGGGACAGUACUGGAGAAUGUGGUGUUCGAUGAGCACACGAGAGAGGUGGAUUACGAAGACAAAUCUGUUACGGAGAACACUAGAGCAGCUUAUCCCAUUGAAUACAUCCCGAAUGCGAUGAUCCCAUGCGUGGCUCCUCACCCGAAGAACGUUAUACUCUUGGCUUGUGACGCGUUUGGCGUGCUCCCACCCGUGAGCAAGCUCAGUGAUGUGCAGACAAUGUACCAUUUCAUUAGUGGCUACACAGCUCUGGUUGCCGGCACAGAGGAAGGCAUCAAGGAGCCAAAAGCCACGUUUUCCGCUUGCUUCGGUGCAGCAUUUAUAAUGUUGCACCCCACCAAGUAUGCCGCCAUGCUAGCUGAAAAGAUGCAGAAACAUGGAGCCACCGGGUGGCUCGUCAACACUGGCUGGUCUGGCGGAAGCUAUGGUUCAGGUAGCCGAAUAAAAUUAGCAUACACCCGAAGAAUUAUCGAUGCUAUACAUUCGAGUAGCCUUUUAAAGGCGAGUUACAAGAAGACUGAGAUGUUUGGGCUGGAGAUUCCAACAGAAGUUGAGGGAGUUCCAGCAGAAAUCCUGGAUCCAGUGAACGCUUGGUCUGAUAAGAAGGCUUAUAACAACACACUUGUGAAGCUAGCUGGGCUUUUCAAGAACAACUUUGAAUCAUUUGUGAACCACAAGGUUGGGCUGGACGACAAGUUGACGGAUCAGAUUCUUGCUGCUGGUCCCACUUACUAAUUAUGUUGUUUAAUCAAUGGUUUACUAACACCACAUUUGGUUUGCAAAUUAUGUUUAUUGCAGGUUUAGAUUUGUAUGUUUAAUUUGUUGAUAUCUUUUUUAAUAUGCAUGUCAGCUCUUCUUAUC